AUGAAGUGCUCCACGGAAGUGAUCGGGAUAUUACUGAUGCUGGCUUCCGGAGUUUCGGUGACCUCUCAGAUGGCCAUCAGCAAGAUGAUUCAAGAAAUGCAGUGGCCAUAUUGGUAUGUCUUGGCAUCCUGCUGCUUGAUGGCCGGCGUAGUGAAUGCGCUGCAUGUGUGGUGGCAGGGCAUCGCGUGCCCCCAGCGAAAGGACAUCAAGUGGGUACUGGCACGAGCCGUCUUCGAAAACUUCCACUGGAUUGGCGCCAUGCUCUCAGUCAUUGUUGGAGCAGCCCCAGGCGAUGUGGCUGCGCUUACCAGCAUUGAUAUCAUUGCAGCAGCACUAUUGGGCUUAGUCUUCCUGGGAGAAAGGGUCAGCAUUCUCCAUCUCUGUGCCUUGAUCCUGUCAGUUGCCGGAGCACUCUGCAUCUCACAGCCGCAGUUUCUCUUCGGAAACAUCGAGGGAGCCGGUGAGUCUCCCGCAGGCUACUGCAUUGCCCUCCUCUCCGGCUGCUUUCAGGCCUGCUCUUUUGUUUGUGCGCGGAAGUCGGCCCACAUCCCCGUGUCGCUACUCUCGCUGGUUUCGCUGCUCUUGUCGGUGCCAGCAGCCUUGCUGGUUCCCCUCUUCCAGAACCCAGAAAGUCAUGAGGCCCUUCGGCGACCAAGAUCCAGGCAUGAACACAGCUCCUUCGGGGUUGUGGUGGAAAGACCGUGGCAAGCUAUUGGGCUUCUCCUUACUCUGACUGUCUGGAUCUCCAUCUCGAUCUUGCUUCCCGCGGCAGGGGCGACAAGAUGUCCGGCAGCGGUCAGCGCGACCGUCUUCACGUCGGCAAGCAUGAUCACCGGCUAUUUGGCGCAGACGGUCCUGUUCCACAAUGCCCCCAAACCCCUGAAACUUGUCGGCGCCUUUUGCAUGCUUUGCAGCGUCGUGCUGAUGGCCAUCCGCUGCCAAGUGAAGGAAUCCGAGGAGCCGUCCUGUGCAGAGAGCGUGUCAGAAGCAGCUACGGCCGCAGAGGAUGACGAGAACCUGAGCCUGGGAUCUUUCGUGGCCUCCGAGGUUUCUUUCACUUCGAGCUCCAGUCGCCUGCGGAGGCGCGCGAGCUCCUUCAAGGCCUCCAAGCCCCUGGCACAGCGCUUCGGAGCCUGCCUGCCCAUCGCAGCCAGCUCUGCUUGA